AUGUUGCCUCGAACAGUUAAUGACGGGCAACAUGAGACCAAAGGGAGGUCUCCUUCGUUGUCUCUAAAAACUAAGACCGGGCAACGAGAGAGAUCUCUAAAUCCUCCUUCGAUUCUAGAGCGAAAGAAGACAUCAACCUCUAUAGAAUCUAGAAAAGUUCCUACUAUCCCUAAGCCUUCGGAAAGUCGUGGUCCUUCUGCUCAGAAUCCUAAAAAACAAGUGUCCCAACCCAAAACCAAAUCUUUAAGACGACCAUUAGACCAGUCUACACCACCUUCUAAAGUUGUGUCUACUAAAUCAAAAUCUAGCCCCAAAAAUAUUAUAGCAUCAUCCAUGAAAACAUCCGAUUCUAUGAAACCUAAGGGUUCUGAAAUAUCUCGUUCUCCUCUCAAAUCGAAGAAUUAUAUAAAUGUUAAGGCCAAGAAUGGUAGUAUUAAGAAUCAAACGACAAGGGGUUUGGGAAGCACGAUUAUGGCUAUUGAAAAGAAGCCAAUCAUAUCGGAUGCCCUCUCAUCAUCUCAAAACAAUCACAACAUCAUAACCCAUGAUCAGGAACCGCACAAUAAUAGUGUCGUAACUCUUGGGAGCAAUGAUAUCUUGCAUGGUGAAGUGAAAUUUGAAUAUGGUGGCCAGAUUUGUGUUUGUGAGCCUUUAGAUUCCGUAGGUUUAGUAGGAGAUCAAGAUAUGCUUGGCUCCGAGAUAAGUUGUGAUGAUAAUGUAUCGUUUGCUGAAAGUGUUGAUAAUAAACAUACUUAUGAUCAUGAUAAACAUAUCAACCAACAAACUCAAGCGGACGAGACCUUUGAUAUUAUUAGUGACCACCUUGAUUAUCCUAUAGUAGAUCAAGAACAUCAAGAAAUACCAGAAAAUGAACAAGUGGCUAAAGAUGUAGACGUUGGAUCAGUAGAUGAAAAUAGAGAAGCUAAAGAUGAAGAUAUCAAAGAAACCAGAUUGGAAGAAUUUGAAGAUGUUGAAGUCGAACAAGAAGAUCAAGAACAAGAAGAAACCGAACUAGAAAGCGAAGAAACCAAACAAGAAGAACCAGAACAUGAAGAAACUGAUACAGAAGAAGCAGAACAUGAGGAAACAAAACCAGAUGAACUAGACAUCAAAGAGGAUGAUGUAGAGGUACCAAAAAAUGAAGAUACGACAUUAGAAACGGUGGUCAAGAACCAAGAAGUUGUUAUGCAUGGGAAGAAGGAUUCUGCGACAUAUAAUAUUGUAAUAGAGGAGACCGUAAGUAAGCUUCGGGAACAAAGGAAAAAUAAGGUGUUAGCAUUAGCUGGUGCAUUUGAAACUGUGAUUUCACUCGAAUCCGAUGUGUCACCCAAGGAUUUCUCUCCAAAACAUUUGUCCCCGAAGUUAUCCCCCAAUAAUAUAUAA